GAGUGUGUGUGUAGGGGUGGAGAGGGGGGUGGAUUCGGUGUGCAGUGCAAGCGCGAGCACACACAGACCGCAAGAAAGAGAGAAACCGGGUCCUUAAGGAGAACAAUCCUCGCGCUGCUGAGCUUUGUUUUAUUAGUCAGAGGGAAGAUAGAGCCGACAGUACAGAGGAAUACCUGUCUUUACGGAGAGCUGCCUCGUGACCCGCGAGCUUCGGAAACAGAUAAGCCCGCUGCGAGGUACCGCUCCGACGCGCAUUUAACUUGUCUGCUUGAAGUCAUAGCAACCAAAGCUACGGAUAAUAAGUGCCUGAGUGACAGCAUAGCCCCUGACCGUACAGAGAUGGAGACGGUUAUUCCCUGGCUGAGGCACUGACUCCGGCGGAGCCCUGUCCCGGUCCCAGCGCCCCCUGUCGGCCCGCGUGGCCCGCAAUGCCCCGGCCAUGAAGGGGUACCAUGUGACCCGGAGCCAAUCCCAGCAUGCCCCGGGGCCGUGCCACUGCGGGCCGGAGGACUUUGACGCCUUGCGCGACUACAUGCCCGGCCCCCAGGACUACGCGGGUCACAGCAACCACGCGUACUUCCCCCCCGGGGCGCCCCCCGACCUGGCCCACCGCCGCGUGCCCUCCUACGGGGGCGGCACCUUCCCCCGCUCGCACCCGGGCCAGCAGCAGCUCUACGAUGGGCCCCCUGGCCCCGCCCACUACGGCCACGCCCCCAGGAAGUCCCAGCGGGCCUCUCCCGGGGAGCUGGAGCAGUACGAGCGGCAGCUGGAGGGGUACCACACGCUGCAGUACCAGCGCGCGGCCAGCGGGGGGCAGCAGAGGGAACGGCCCGAGAGCCCCAGCCGGAUCCGCCACCUGGUGCACUCCGUCCAGCGCCUCUUCACCAAAUCCCACUCGCUGGAGGCUCCCGCCAAACGGGAGCACAGCAACGGGAACGCCCCCCGCGAGAGGGCCGGGGCCGGGGGCGGAGCCGGGGGUGGCCACGCCCACCGCAGCCCCGCCCAGCGCGCCCCCCGGUCCGCCCGGCGCAGCAAGAGCCACGACCGCAGCAAGAGCCGCGAUUCCCGCCACCGCAGCCGCAACGCCGGCUGGUGGAGCUCCGACGACAACCUGGACAGCGACAGCGGAUACCCCCUGGGCAGCAGGGGGCGCCGCAGGGCCCCGCCAGGCCAGCCCAGCCUGGAGGGGGCGAUCCAGGACCUGACGCUGAGGAGCAUGAGGGGCCCAGGGCCCCCGGGGGACUGUCUGAGCUGCUCCUCCGUGGGCGUGGCCGGGGACCCGGCACACGCCCUGAAGAUGAACGCCUGGGCCGCCAUGGCGGCCAGCCAGGCACGCGAGGCCUACCCCGGCCCCGCCCACAACAAGGCCCUCGUACCGCUGGAGCCCAAGGGGAAGGAGCACGGGCUGCACUACCUGCAGGUCCCCUCGGAGGACUGCAGCGGGGCCUUUCAGGUUGGGGGCGGGGCCUCUGAGGGCGGGGCGGAGAUUCCGUGCCGGAGGAUGCGGAGCGGCAGCUACAUCCGCGCCAUGGGCGACGACGACAGCGUGGAGUCCGACGCCAGCCCCACGGCCACGCCCCGCAACCCGGCCACGCCCCGGAACACUGCCACGCCCCGGAACACCGCCACGCCCCGAAACGCUCUGCUGACCCAGAGAGAGGCCCUGCGUCGCUCCGUGAGCAUGGACCAGCGGCCCCCCAAGUACUCGUGUAAGCAGUGUGCCAGCACCUACGCCAACAGCCGCACCAUGCCCCGGAACCACAGCUGUGUGCACCUGCAGCUGGGGGAGUCUAUGUGUGAGUCGGUGUUUGGGGAUUUCGGGGAGUCUCAGGCGGUCGACGCCCUGGACCUGCCCGGAAGCUUCCGGGCCCGCAGCCAAAGCUACGUCCGCGCCAUCCAGGCCGGCGUCUCCCAGGACGACGACUGCCUGCCCGUCUUCUCCCUGUCCGGCCCCCAGGGAGGGGCCAAGGGUGCCGCUGUGUUCCCUAACAGGAGGAAGUUGCCCCCCCCCCUCCCCCCGCGGAUGCUGCGGGGGCAGCGGUCCCUGGCGGCGCAGAGCAGCACAGAGUCCACGCAGGAGGCGUACUUCCAGAGCACAGGCCAGCCGGGCCUGCGUCGGCUCCGGCAGCACAGCGGCUCCCUGGACGGGGUGGAGGGGGGCGGGGGGCGUUCCUCCCGGGGCGGGUACUACCCGGGGGCGGGGCCGGAGGCGGGGCCUGGCACGGCCCGGGGGCGGGGCAGUUACCAGCACAGCAACUCCGUGGAGAGCCUGGAUGGGCCCCGGGGCGUGGCGGGGGCGGGGCCCAUGAGGCCGAAGCACAGCAGCUCGGCGGAGAACCUGCUGGAGGGCGUGGCCGGGGGCGGGGCCGGGGGCAGGGGCGGGGCAGGGGGCCGAGUGGGGACGCUGGGGAAGUCCGUCUCCCUUCCUCAUAACGGGAAGGGCGUGAGAGUGCAGGACGAGCGGCUGCAGGACGGGCACGGGCGCCAGUGGAGACCCCCCAUGGCCAUGCCGGUGGAUAGCUCAGAGGCAGUCUCAGAUUCAGACCCAGAGAGUAAAGCACUGCGGGCAAUGCAGGCCAUCGGGCUGCAGGCAGAAGACAAGAGGCGUGGCCGUUUCAGGCGGUCCUGCAGUGUGAUGUCAGGGAUGCAGGCAGACUUAGAAAGGGAGGAGCUCCAGGGGAGGGGCGUGGCCUCACAGUUCUCCGCCUCCUCCUUUCAGCGCCACGCCUCCGAGCCGGAGGAGACCCGCACUGUCCACACCCAGGGCCAGUGGGUUUACCAUGACAACUAUCACCAUGCCAACGACCCCCGCCCCACCUCUAGCCACGGUCGCACCACUCCCUCUGGCCACACCCCCAGCCACGGCCGUGCCACGCCCUCUGGCCACACCCCCAGCCACGGCCGUGCCACGCCCUCUGGCCACACCCCCAGCCACGGUCGCACCACUCCCUCUGGCCACACCCCCAGCCACGGUCGCACCACUCCCUCUGGCCACGCCCACGGUCGUGCCACGCCCUCUGGCCACGCCCACGGCCGUGCCACGCCCUCCGGCCACGCCCCUGAGCCGGGCCGAGGGGAGGGCCGUCGGAGUCGGCCCAGCUCCGCCCGCGCCUCCCCCUGUCCCCGCGACGGGGAGUUCUUCCUGCGCCUCCUGCACGCGGAGGUAGAGAGGAUGGAGGGAUGGUGCCAGCGCUUCCAGAGGGAGGCGGAGGAGAACGACCUGCCGGAGGAGGUGUUGGCAGGAAUCCGCAGUGCCGUGGGCAGUGCCCAGACCCUCAUGGCUCAGAAAGUCCAGCAGUUCUUCCGGCUCUGCCAGCACAGCCUGGACCCCACGGCGCACCCCCAGCCCAGCCCCCAGGACCUGGCGGAGCUGUGGGAGCUGCUGCAGCUUGCGGUGGAGGAGGUGCGGCUCAAAUUCCAGGAGCUGCAGCGGCUGAAAGACUCGGGCUGGCGGCUCCACCUGAAGGAGGAUAAGAGCCUCCCGCCCCCGUUACCAAAGAAACCCAGCGGGGGUGUGGGUGGCGGUCGCGCCCGGGGCGGGGUCGACCCCAGGGGGGGCGUGUCCUGUGAGCCCCCUCCCCUCCCGGAGAAGACUGCCACCCUGGUGGAGCACCAGGACCCACACAGCCGGCUGCUGCAGGCCAAGAACUCCGCCCACUCUUUCCGCCAAAACUCCGCGACAGAGAGUGCCGAUGGAGUGGAGAUCUACAUCCCUGAAGCACAAACACGCUUCUGACCUGUAACACACACUCACACUCACACUCACACACACAGACUCUCACACACACACGCUCACGCACACACACUACAGAGUAGCGCCUUUAUUUCAGCUGGAGACAGAACUCUGUGGGUGCUCUGCGAAGCUGGCAGGUUACCUGGGCAUUCUGCGCUCUCGCACUCACUGUGACGUCACAGAACCCUGCUGUGACAUCACAGAGCCGUCAGGGUGGGUACAGUCACAGGAAGACCACUCAGAGCGUGGGUCGCCCUGAAGCCACCCACACUCGACACAAUCACCAAUUACACACCGCCCCCUGCAGAGCUACCGGCUGCAGUCCUCACUGCCACGCUCCGGGCUCGAUCAGAGACCACAGGGGCUCAUCCAUGCACCACAGUGUGGGGCCUCAACUCACAGAGCCGCCCAGUAGCCCCACACUCCUCGUUAGUCUUGAACAGUGGACAAGCUCUCUUUGUGACAUCAUCACUGCCAUGCUGCCCUUCCAGCAGCAACCAGCAGGGGGCGACAUGGUUUUUAAUGUAGCACACAAGGCGGACACACUCACAAGACCCCGGGGGGAAAGAGGCUAAGGCCUUGUGGGGAGGGGAGAGGACGUAUAGUUUUUGGAAGCAGGCUUGUAGCUUAUUGAAAACAAUGAAUCUGUUUUAGUCUGACAGUUUCACAGUCCAGAAACAAGAGAAAAACAGGCCCCUCCCCCUCUCCCUCUGACAGCAAGCCGCACAAACACCAGGCUCUUUUCUCACAGUUCUUCUCACCGUUCGGUUUCACAAGUUUCUCUUUUAUUAAAAAUGCAGGGGAGCGAUGCCAGCCAUCGCUUUUUCAUCCUGGUCUGCCUGGAAGAGUUUCAGAGUCCUCCUCUCGAAAUCCCUUUCCCUCUUCUGGUCGCAUGCUGCCAGUUUCCUCUCUUUUUUUCACUAAAAAAAAGCUGAUAAUGUUUUAUAAACCAGUAAUGUGUGCGAAGAGAUUGUCCAGGCGCCAACAUGUUUCCUUAAAGUAAUUUCACAUCAGUAAGUGACGAGUGGUGUAUGUAUGUAUUGACUAGAUCACCCUUAUCUUACUGCACCAACACGUGCCAUAACAGGGACUUUUAAUCGGACUUUAAGCAUUGACGGCUGAUUGGAUGGCUACGGUGAUGCCAUGGCUCACUCUCCACUGUGUGAGAGUUUUCCCCAUAUAGUAGGCCCCCUGAUUUACUGUGUGAAAGUGGUGUUUUCCCCCUAUAGUAGGCCCCCUGACCUACUGAGUGAAAGUGGUGUUUUCCCCCUAUAGUAGGCCCCCUGAUCUACUGUGUGAAAGUGGUGUUUUCCCCCUGUAGUAGGCCCCCUGAUUUACUUUGUGAAAGUGGUGUUUUCCCCCUAUAGUAGGCCUGCUGAUAUACUGUGUGAAAGUGGUGUUUUCCCCCUAUAGUAGGCCUGCUGAUAUACUGUGUGAAAGUGAUGUUUUCCCCCUAUAGUAGGCCCCCUGAUCUACUUUGUGAAAGUGGUGUUUUACCCCUGUAGUAGGCCCCCUGAUCUACUGUGUGAAAGUGGUGUUUUCCCCCUAUAGUAGGCCUGCUGAUAUACUGUGUGAAAGUGAUGUUUUCCCCCUAUAGUAGGCCCCCUGAUCUACUUUGUGAAAGUGGUGUUUUCCCCCUGUAGUAGGCCCCCUGAUCUACUGUGUGAAAGUGGUGUUUUCCCCCUGUAGUAGGCCCCCUGAUUUACUGUAGUCAUUCCCACAGCCUUCAAUGCUUAAAGUCCCUUCUGUCUCUACUGCCCCCUGUGGAUAAAGCGUGUCACUGCAGUGCUGCAGCGAAAGUUUGGUGCUGGAUCCUGUCUUCUUAGGACAGAUCCAGGGGUGGAAAACUCAGAUUCAGACAGUAAAAAGUCCUCCCCAGGAUUUUGUUCCAGCCACCUGGAUUGUCUAAUUAGCACAAUUCUUCAGCCGGGAGGUAGAGUUAAUUUGUGGAAUCAGCUGGCUGGACUUACAUUACAAUACAUUACAGGCAUUUAGCAGACACUCUUAUCCAGAGUGACUUACACAACUUUUUACACAGCAUUUACAUUGCAUCCUUUUAUAUAGCUGGAUAUGUAUACUGAAGAAAUGCAGGUUCAGUACCUCGCUCAAGGGUACAACAGCAGUGUCCUACCUGGGAAUGGAACCUGUCACCUUCCGGUUGCACAUAAGGGGACUUUUACUCUCUGAUUCCUGGGCUCUUCACCUCUGGCCUUCUGACAGAAAUGUGCAGAGCCUUACACUGUAUAUACACAAUCACACAAAGAGGAAAUAUUUCAAUCUGCAUUAAACGUACGUAUAUUUAUAUGGAUAUUUUAUACGGGCAUCUGUAUUUUUAGAAUAGAACGGAAUAUGUAAUCUAUUUAUAUAGAUGAUGUAAGCGGUCCAGUGAGCAGAGUGGGGCUGUCAGAUUGUUAGAGGGUGUGAUAUGGCUCCAGGUUCACCGUGAAAAACUGAAAAACUGUCAGAUUCUGAUUCUAUACUUCCCUGAUGUCUCUCUCUCUCUCCCUCUCUCCCUCCCUCUCCCUCUCUCUCCCCCUCUCUCUCUCUCUCUCCCUCUCUCUUGCUCUCUCUCUCUCCUCUCCCUCUCUCUCUCUCUCUCUCUUCCUCUGAGAUUCUGAGGAGCUGUUGAGGUGGUGAAACAGGGUGUCUUCUCAUUAAUACCAUAUAGGAGAGAAAGUGGGGGGGGGGGGGGCAUUUAGGGGAGGGGGAGCUUUUCCAGUGAAAAUGGGAAAACAUCCUGCGAGACAUCCCCCAGCCCACUUAGGGAGAGGAGGCGUUCCCUGUGACCACGGCUCAUUAAAAUAUGACCUCACAGUCAGAUGGGAAAACUGCCGUGUAAUUUGUGUGUGGGUCUGCGGAAGGGGUAUAAAUGUGUUUUUGAGCAUGACCACUCUCACCACCUGCCAUCCACAGAAUACCGACACCAGGAAGCCUGCAUUUUAAAGUGCACUUUGAAAGGCCAAAGUCAAACCGUAAAGUAUAUCGAACAGAAAAUGUGACGGGUGUAAAUUCAGGGCUCCACAGACCACUGGAGUUUUUGGGUUGGGGCGGGG